AUCUCGAUUCACGGAUAUUUUCGGUGGUUGAUACUGUCAAGAUGUCGUUUCCUCCUCAUCUGAAUCGACCCCUACUACCACCAGGAAUUCCUCCCCCCCAGUUUGGCUACCCUUCCGGAGCCCCUAUGAUCCCGCUGCACAUGGGCAUCAUGACUCCUGCACCCACUGUCCUGGUGCCAACCUCAGUGUCAGUGGUCAGUAAGCCACCUGUGCCCAGGAAGGAGGCCCCCCCAUUGCGAGCCAAGGAGAGUGCGGAGAGCAACGGCCCCACCACCACCGUCUUUGUGGGGAACAUAUCAGAGAAGGCCUCGGAUAUGCUUAUUAGACAACUCCUGGCGAAAUGUGGCCUCGUUCUUAGCUGGAAGAGGGUCCAAGGAGCCUCUGGAAAACUUCAAGCUUUUGGGUUUUGCGAGUACAAAGAGCCAGAAUCCACUCUGCGAGCGUUGCGGUUGCUUCACGAACUACAGAUCGGGGAGAAGAAGCUGCUGGUGAAGGUGGACGCCAAGACCAAGGCUCAGCUGGACGAUUGGAAGGCCAAGAAGAAGAGCACUAAUGGGGAAAAGGUAGAAGAUGGAGGCAAUGAGGAAGAGGAGGAGCUGGAUGAAGAUAUUAAGAAGCGGGACCAGAUUGUCAAGGGUGCCAUUGAUGGGCUGAUUUGCGAGUUUGCCAGUGAGCUCAAUGCUGCAUCACUGGACGAUGACCCCCAUCGGCGCAAGAAAAAGAAAGAGAAAAAAGGAGAGGAGGAUAUCAAUGCAAUUGACAUGGAGGAAGACAAGAGAGACCUGAUUUCCAGAGAGAUCAGUAAAUUCCGUGACACACACAAGAAACUCGAGGAGGAGAAGGACAAGAAGGAGAAGGAGCGGCAGGAGUUUGAGCGGGAGAGGAGGGAGCGGGAGAAGGAAAGGGAGCGCGAGCGCGAACGCAGGGACCGGGAGCGAGAGAAAGAGCGCGAGAGGGAGCGAGACGUGGACCGCGACAGAGAGCGAAGGCCGAAGGAGAGGCCUCCCCGGGAGAGAGAGUGGGAAAGAGAGAGGAGCCCUGAGAGGAGCGCAGACCGCAGCAGGUCCAUAAGGCCAGCAGAGCAGCUUCAGAAGGAGCACAGUUUAGAGCUGGACGAGGAGACCAAUGCACAGUGUGUUGUCCACAGAGAGAAGAGCCGAGACAAGGAGAAGAAGAGAGAGCGGGAGGAGGAUGAGGAGGAGGUGUAUGAACGCAGGAGAUUGGAAAGAAGGCUCAGAGACAAGGAGGCAGCCUACCAAGAGCGCCUGAAGAACUGGGAGAUCCGAGAGCGGAAGAAGGCCAGGGACUACUCCAAGGACUCUGAAAGAGAAGAAGAACGCAGGCGAGAGAUGGCUAAAGAAGGCAAACGGCUGAAAGAGUUCCUGGAGGACUACGAUGAUGACAGGGACGACCUCAAAUACUACAGGGGAAGCGCGCUGCAGAAGCGCCUGCGAGACCGAGAGAAAGAGAUUGAGAUGGACGAGCGGGACAGAAAGAGAGAAAAGGAAGAGCUGGAGGAGAUCAGGCAGAGGCUGCUGGCCGAAGGACACCCUGACCCCGAUGCCGAGCUACGCAGGAUGGAGGAGGAGGCGGAGCGUUUGAGCAGAGCCCCGGUGAAGCCAGAACCACAGCCCGAGGUGGAAAGAGGGAGACCGAAGCCCCCCAGGGAAGACCGCGAGAGGAGAGGAGACCGCCACCGUGAGAGAGACCGCGGUGAGGUGCCUGCUCGCCAAGCCCCCUCCGAAAAUGAUGCGGAGGAGGGCGAGGAGGAGGGCCUGGACGGGGACAGCCGUCCGGAGGCCAAGCCCCGCCUCAAACCCACGCUGCGCCCUAUCACGGCGGCCCCCUCCGUCUCGUCAGCCAGUGAGAACGUGACGCCCAACUCCCCCGGGGAAGAGUCGCCGUGCGGCAUCAUCAUCCCCCACGAGAACUCGCCCUCAGAAGCCCCCCCCCUGGAGGAGAUCCGCCCCAAGAUCGGCCUUAGCCUCAAACUAGGCUCCACGGCCAGCCCCAGCCAGCCCCACGCUGCCAAGAGGAAGAGGCUGGCAGCUGACAGCGUCUUUAACAAGUUUGGCGAGGAGGAGGCUGACGAGCAGCCGCGCCGGAGAAAGCUGGUUCCCCUGAACUACGACGACGACGACAAGAGCCUGGGAGUGGACGGAGCCGGCCUGGCCAACAUCAAGGGCGUCGACACGGAGGAGAAACGCAGGCACAUCAAGAGCCUGAUCGAGAAGAUCCCCACCGGCAAGCCUGAGCUGUUCUCCUACAUCCUGGACUGGUCCAUGGUGGACACGAACCUAAUGGAGCGACGUAUCCGGCCGUGGAUCAAUAAGAAGAUCAUAGAGUACAUCGGAGAGGAGGAGGCAACCUUAGUAGACUUCGUCUGUUCCAAGGUGAUGGCUCAUGGCACUCCACAGGGUAUCUUGGACGAUGUUGCUAUGGUGCUUGAUGAAGAAGCUGAGGUCUUCAUUGUGAAGAUGUGGAGGUUGUUGAUCUAUGAGACUGAAGCGAAGAAAAUUGGAUUGGCGAAAUGAACCUAAAGCACUGAACCAAGAUCCAUUUACUUUUAGUGCUUGUUAAAUGUCUCAUGUCAUGCAGCCCUUAUUGGCUGUUCUGUGAUCGACCUCACCAGUCCUCCUCUCCUGCAAGACUAGGCAUCUGAGCCGCUGUCAUCCUACUCUUCAGAAACAUCAUGUCAUACUGUUAAAGCUGAUGGCCUUUUAUCAGUGUGUUAUUGUGUUUGUACUUCAUGCUUGUGUCCGUUUCCUUGAUGAGGCACUUAUGCAAGACCCCAUGGGAAUCAUCACUUUGAACUGGCAUUCUUUUGGCUGGGUUGAGGGACAGCGCAGUACGUAUAUAUGGAAAGUAAUGGUUGAAUAGAUCUUUGCCUGCUAAUACGUUCUACCGGCAUUCUACCGUUCUCCAGCAUUUUUUUUUAAAGAACCAAAUGUAAAGUAGAUGCUAUUUUGUAUGUUAUCCGCAUGUAAAGAGAUGCAGGACCUAAACUGCUUUAAUUUACUUACGUAGUGUAGGAUUGUUACUGUUUCACAAACUGCUUUGGCUAUUCUAUCAAUUCUGUUUGAGAGGGAGCAUGACAUGCUGUUUUGACAUUUAUUUGUUGUGCUACAGUCAGCUUUGUUGGACCCCAACUACAACUCUGCACAAAACAAUUCUGCAGCACUGACACAUUUCUGACCAAUUUGGAUCGUUCCCAAUUUCUUGUUUUUGUCACAUUUCUUUGGUGCCUCCUGAACAUGACCCCAGAUGUAGAGAUAAGCACAACUAAUCCAUACUGAUUCAGACAAAAUGAAUGGAUAUUGAUUGUGCUUAAAAAUGUCAGCAUUUGUUUUCUACUGGUGGAAAUUUGUUUUGAUUAAAAGCAAUUUUUAUAGUA